GCGCGCGCGCGGGCGGCAGGUAAGCGCCAGCCCUCCCUCCCUCCUCCCCCACCCCCCCCCCCCCCUCCGUUGCGCUGCGCGCGCGCGCCCCCUUCCCUCCCUCUUCCUUCUCCUUUCCUCCCUCCGCUCAGCGCUGCGCCGCCUCCAGCACCGCGGCGGCCACCGGAGCAGCUCUGCCCCGCAACAAAGGGGCGCGCGGCCGCGGCCCGGAGGCGGGAAGCACGAGGAGAGCGCCGGGGCGGGCGGGGGGAGCGCGCAGCCCCGCGAGGCGCGGGAGUGCGGCCGCCGCUGCUCGCGGGCGCCCCCGGCGGCGGGCCGGCAGCGCGGGUUCCCGUGGAGCGGCGGCGAGCGGGCCGCGGAGGCCCGGCUGGGCUGGGCUGGGCCGGGCCCCGGCGGGAGCCCGCCCGCGCCGCGUCCUCGCCGGCGGGUGCGUGGAGCGGGCGUGCGCCCGGCUGCGGGCGGGCACGGGCACGGGCACGGUGCGCCGCUGUCCUGUGGAGCGAGAGGGAGCCGGCGCCGGCAGGAGCUGCGGCGACGGUCACGAGCUCAGAUGGAAGUCCCGGCAGCAGCCGUGGUCACAGCAGUGAAAAAGCCCUGUGAGGGGACGGACGGGUCACCCCGUGCCAUAAGUAAUUCGGUAGCAACGGGGUGCUCCUCCAGUUUGCUGCAGCGCUCCAGUCAGGUGCCUGCUGCAAACCGCUGCGGAGUUUGGUUUCUUUCCCCGAUCUCAAACUCCUGAGUGCUCACCAACACGACUUUAAGCCAGUUAAUCCUUCUGUAAUUGGCUGCCUUUUAGCAAGUCUCAACAGAAUCGCAGCAAAACUGUGUGUUGUUUAAUGAAGAUAGAAGGGAUCGCUGCUGGAUUGACUGCAGUGGCGCUUUGCCGUGUGCUCAAAAAGGAAGCAGGGCUUUUCCCAGCUUGCAAAGAGCUGUGGAUCCUGUUGGGAUAGUCGGUCAUGCCGUCAUCUGCACUGGGUUGAUGGAUUGGAUAUAAGGACCAAACAUUUAUUGUAAGGGUGGUGAGGCACUGCAACAGGUUGCCCAGAGAGGUGGUGGAUGCCCCAUCCCUGGAGACACUGAAGGUCAGGCUGAACGGGGCUCUGAGUGACCUGACCUAGCUGUAGGUGUCCCUGUUCACUGCAGGGCAGUUGGACUAGAUGGCCUUUGAGGGUCCCUCUCAAUUCAGUUGCUUGAUUCUAUGAUGCCUCAUCCUAGAUUAGCAGAGCCAGCCCAGGAAAACACACACAAUAUUUCUUAGUUUUCUUUUGCCUGUUUCACAUAUUUAUACGCUCCCUUUCUGACUUUGUCUUCCUUUCUGAUCAGUCCUAACAUCUGAUUACAUAGCACAAAUAAUUUUAGCAUUCUUUUUUUUUUUUUUCUUUUCUUUUUGAAAGUUGUUGAUGCCAUGUGCUGCAAAAACUGUUGUCUGAUGCUGAGUGUUUCCACAUCAUAUUAAACACCCAUUGCCAGGGGUGGAGGUUGCAUACCUGCCAGCUGCUUCCGUUUCAUAUCUGGUCAGGGGUAAAUAGGAGCUGAGGAGUGGCAUUCCCAGUAGCUGCAUGACAGGUGAUGGAGGGAGGUGUCUGAACCGAAUAUUGGCUUACCUGAUCAAGUGGUUAGCAACCCUACCUAUGACAGGGGAUUGGAGUUCAAUGAUUUUUAAGGUCCCUUCCAUCCUAAGCCAUUCAAUGAUUGCCUUCCUCCCCCAUGUGUUUCCUGCCCCUUUUGCAAGGGGCUGCCUGUUGGAGAUUGGGACUAAUAUCAGUUCUGUAUUUUUCAGUGUUCCUUUGCUGUUCAAACAUCUCCACUGUGUGUUUUGAGAUCUGAUAUCCUGGUUGUUACUGGGCAUGCAUCCAUCUGUUGCCCAAUGUGCCAUCCUUAGGGCUGUUUGCCUGCUUGCCUUGCUCUUCUCUGGUCUUGCUCACCUCACUAACUCAACAGAAAACUGUCCACUUUUUGAUGGACUAGUAGAUUGAUUUUCUUGAGUCCUGUAGAGGUUUUACUGACUUUUGGAUCUAGGGAAAAGUGAGUAGCAGGAAAGCAGUCAGAGAAGUGAAGAAGCCAGAAGAAAGUAAACAUGGUUUAUGACAACAGAACUAUCAUCAGAUGAGUUUGUGCAGUCAUCUGUAGAAUCUGUCUAAAUAAUAACUGAGUGUUUUAGCACUGUGCGUGGUAUCAUUUUAAAUAAUUGAAAAUGCCAUGCUUUAAUGCGCUAAUGUAAAACAGAUUUUAUCAUUUCUUAAUAUGUUAAUGUCUUUCUGUCUUUCAGGCUGAAGGUGGCCUAUUGUAAGGGUUAAUCAUCCGUCAAAUAUUUAAUAAUUGUUUGUUCAGAAAAUUUCCUGCAUUGUUCAUGGAGUUUUUCAUCAGUAUGUCUGAAACCAUUAAAUAUAAUGAUGACGAUCACAAAACUGUGUUCUUGAAAACAUUAAAUGAACAACGUUUGGAAGGAGAAUUUUGUGACAUAGCUAUCGUGGUUGAAGAUGUUAAAUUCCGAGCACAUAGGUGUGUGCUUGCUGCCUGCAGUACCUACUUCAAAAAGCUUUUCAAGAAACUAGAAGUCGAUAGUUCUUCAGUAAUAGAAAUAGAUUUUCUCCGUUCUGAUAUUUUUGAGGAAGUUCUUAAUUACAUGUACACCGCAAAAAUUUCUGUUAAGAAGGAAGAUGUAAAUUUGAUGAUGUCUUCAGGCCAGAUUCUUGGUAUUCGUUUUCUGGAUAAACUCUGCUCUCAAAAACGUGAUGUAUCUAGUCCUGAAGAGAACACACAGUCCAAGAGCAAGUACUGUCUGAAAAUAAACCGUCCUAUUGGGGAACCUAACGAUACCCAGGAUGAUGAGGUAGAAGAGAUUGGAGAUCACGAUGACAGUCCAUCAGAUGUGACAGUGGAAGGAACUCCCCCCAGUCAGGAAGAUGGGAAAUCACCAACCACUACCCUGAGAGUUCAGGAGGCGAUUCUGAAGGAGCUGGGAAGCGAAGAGGUUCGAAAGGUAAACUGCUAUGGCCAAGAAGUAGAGUCUAUGGAAACAACGGAAUCGAAAGACUUAGGAUCUCAAACACCUCAGGCUUUGACGUUUAAUGAUGGCAUAAGUGAAGUGAAAGAUGAACAGACACCAGGCUGGACAACAGCAGCUGGGGAUAUGAAGUUUGAAUAUUUGCUUUAUGGUCAUAGGGAACACAUUGUAUGUCAGGCUUGUGGUAAGACCUUUUCUGAUGAAGCACGACUGAGAAAACAUGAAAAGCUACACACUGCUGAUAGACCAUUUGUUUGUGAAAUGUGUACAAAGGGCUUUACCACACAAGCUCAUUUGAAAGAGCAUCUGAAAAUACACACAGGUUACAAGCCUUACAGUUGCGAGGUAUGUGGAAAGUCUUUUAUUCGUGCACCGGACUUAAAAAAGCAUGAAAGAGUUCACAGUAAUGAGAGGCCAUUUGCAUGCCACAUGUGCGAUAAAGCUUUCAAGCACAAGUCCCACCUCAAAGACCAUGAAAGAAGACACCGGGGAGAGAAACCUUUUGUCUGCGGUUCCUGCACUAAAGCAUUUGCUAAAGCAUCGGAUCUAAAAAGGCAUGAGAACAAUAUGCACAGUGAAAGAAAACAAGUUACUACAGCCAAUUCCAUCCAGAGUGAAACAGAACAGUUACAGGCAGCAGCUAUGGCUGCUGAAGCAGAGCAGCAAUUGGAAACUAUAGCUUGUAGUUAAAAAAAAAGAAAAAAGAAAAAAAGAAAAAAAAAAAAAAAGACCCAGAAACUUUAUCAAAAAUAAUAUAAGAUAAUAAAAUGAACAAAAUCUAUUGUUGGUAUACAUUUAGACCGAUAAUUAUCUUUUGAAAAAAAAAAAAACAAAACAACUAUUUUUAGAGGAUUUGAAUGCUACAUAGGAACAGAAAGCAUUGUUUGGUUAGGUAUUUUAAAAAAUUCAGAGAUGGGUAUUGUUAGAGCAUAAAAUAGUUUUGUUGUCAUUAGCAGUAUAAUGCACUAAUACCUGAUUUAUUUUAAGAUUAUGAUCAAGUUCUCUAUAAAACAGGGAUCAUCACUGGAGGAUGUUUUGCUUUAUCAAGUAUGGAAUACUGCAUACAGUAUAGACAUCAAAAUCAGUGAAUGAUGUCUAAAAAUGCUGAUAUCUCAUAAAAUUAGAAACGCAGAAAGGAAAUACUUGUUUUUCAUAAUUUUGAAGGUGUUACGCUUACAGUUGUUGAGAAACAAGCAAUGAUUCCCUAUACUUUUUAAUUCCUCCUUUUUUUUUUCUUAACCUAAAGUAGGUGCUAGAGGUUAGUACAACAGGGUAAUGGGGGACUGUGAUCAAAAUUAUAUUUCUUCUUUUUCCACUCCCUCAAAUACCCUUUCAUUUUAAUUGAGGUGGCAAGUUUUAUUAAAUAGGAAGUACUCGCUUUCCUAAAAAAACUGCAUUAUUCACUGUGGUCCAGGCUGGCAAAGAAGGGUCGUUGCACUUGCCAGUCCUUCUAUGGGAAAAAAGUGUCUGUGUUAGUUCGGAAAUCUUAUGUAGGCCCCAGGAGAUGAAACAGAACCACAAAGGAAAAAAAGGUGCAGCAUGGAGAAAAAGAUAUUUUCCUUACUGGGACCUGGUAGAAAUGAGUUAAAGCUCAUUUACAGCCUGACAUGGUAGCUUCUGUUAUACAGCUUUCACUCCAGCUAACCUAGCACAGUCAAGGCAAAGAGCAGCACAGGAAGAUUAACUGCACUGGCAAGUGACCGAAAUUCACUGCCAGACCUCAGAGCACAGCCAUGGCCUAUUGCAUACCUACCAGCAGUGUUCAGACUGGGGUUCUCUAUCUUAGCUGACCGUAUCAGCUUGUAAGUCCUGCUCACCUUUAAAGAAUUCCACCUUCUGGCGUACUGCCAUUCAGCAAGAAGGAGACUUCAUUGGUUGAUUUCAGUCUUAAUUGAUUCAGAAUCAUUGUUCACUUGUAGUCUGUUACCUAGAGUUGCCUGUCAUGGUUUUUUUUUUGUUUUUUUUCAGACUAGCUGCUGCCAAUUUAACUGUUAACUCACACAGUCAACAAAAUAAGUCAUCUUUGGAUUGCAGUCUGCUAUGUGUAGUUAACAAGCAAAGACACAAAAACAGCGAUAAUGUGAUCCAAAGGGAUAUCAAGCCUUUAUUUAAAAUUUGUAAAUACUCAACUGUUGUCAACACUGCAUUUGAAGUAGGAAUGGGCAAAAAUGCAUUGUUUUUGGCACAUGAUUGGACAACAUUGAUCAUUUGCGAUACCUAUAGUAUAUGAAAGUGUUAGACCAGUUUCUGGUAAGUUACUGUGUAGUAGAUCACAUUUUGCAUUUCUAAAUAGAAAUUGAAAAUAGCAUUUUUGGAACUGCUCUAUGAAACUUUGCUUAUUGCUUUUUUUUUCUUUUUUUCUUUUAUACAGCUUCAUUUUUUUUUCAUGUACCCAUCAGGUUAAGCAGUUAUCUUAAAAUGCCAAUAAUCGUUUGAAAGCUGGUCUGUAAAUAAAACGUGAAUUUAAUAUUUUAGAAAAUGUAAACUUUGGACCUUUACCAAUAUAUUUUUUUAAAAUGUUGCUUCAUUUUACAUUCAGUAAUAUUAGUUUGUAAACAAACUAUACAUUUUGUAUCUGUGCAACAUCAGAGGAUGUGUAUUCAUUGCAUUUUAUUGGUUCUCUUGAGGAACAUGAUAAAUGACCAUUGUUAAAAUGUUUUAUUGUAUAUGAUCACAGAUAAAGAUAGUAGGUCCCGAAUGGGAUCUACUUUUUCUUUCUAAGAA